AUCGGCCGACGAGAUCCGGGAUCGAUUCGCUGUGCUUUGAGCGGGAAAGCGACAGGUGGAACGACUGCGAUCGAUUGCUCGAGUCGGUAAAGAUGGUCGCCACGGAGCAGGCAGAGCAGCGGCAGUCAGAGUCGCCUCCAGCAAGGGAGGAAGGUGUGCCAAGGGAGCAGCUGAUUGCCACUGCAGUGAAGUUUCUGCAAAACCAAAGAGUUCGUCAAAGUCCAUUAGCAACAAGAAAAUCCUUCCUAAAAAAGAAAGGUUUAACUGAUGAGGAAGUUGAGAUUGCACUCCAGCAGUCAAAUACUGCCGGUGACGAGGAAAUAGCUCCUACCAUCCAACCGCACCUGGUGCAGCCCUCAUACCUUCCUCCAGUUCCAUACAACCCCGGUUCCCGAUGGCGGGAAUAUGGUGCCUUGGCAAUCAUCAUGGCUGGAAUUGCGUUUGGCUUUCACCAUCUAUACAAGAGAUAUAUUUUGCCUCUCCUAGCAUCCAGCAAGGAAGACAAGAAACAUCUGCAGAGGAUCGAGUCGGGUAUAACUGAACUAAGUGGGACCAUAUCACAGACAGUGGCACAACUACAAACAAAUCUUACGACAGUGCAGGAGCUUCUGGAACGGCAACAAGAGAGGUUGCAGGAGCUCUCCCAAGAACUGUCUAGUACGAAGGCUUCAUCGUCUACAAAUUGGCUUCUGGAGACGCAGAACAUUAAUGAAUUGAAGGCUGAGAUCAUCUCAUUAAAAGGACUUCUCCUAAGCAGGCGACAGUUCCCAUCUUCCCCUUCGGCCCCAAAGCUUCCCGCUUGGCAGAUCCCUGUCAAGCCAUCGACAAUAGCCACCUCUGUAACAGUCAAUCACACCAACAGCAGCAGCGACAUCUCACCAGUCAGCAUUGAAUCUGCAUCUUCCUCGCCAGCCACAGAGAACCAUAGUCCAGAAGGAGGAAAUCUGGGUGGCCACAUUGUUGACAGCGAAGUAGAUGUCAAGUGUCAGGUAAGAAUGGAAGUCCAGGGGGAAGAGGAGCGAAGACAGGACAACGAGGAUGAGGAUGAAGAUGAUGACGUCAGCCACGUCGACGAAGACGAUUGUCUUAAUGUUCAAACAGAAGAUAGGCGAGGUGGCGAUGGACAGAUAAAUGAACAAGUGGAUAAACUACGACGUCCAGAAGGUGCCAGUAACGAGAAUGACAUCAACUAAAUGUCAAGAAUGAUUCAGUAUUUGGCUUCCAUGGACUGAAUUUCCCUAAUUCCAUUAAAUUAUUGUAAAUAUGUGCUUAUUGCAUCCUGAGCAGUGGAUUUUUCAAACCAACAGAUUAUUCUGUGACGCAAGUAAACAGCAGGUGAAUUAAAGUGGCUUAGUUAUACCCGGUUGCACUGUGGAGGCAACAUUAUUGCGUGAGCUGCUCAAAAGGGUUCAGGACUCAUCAUGCAGGAAAUGUACAGCGUCGUUGGUGAAGAAGACAGACUGCUCACCUCCCUUCUUCCUGAUUGUAAAGAUUGCAAACCCGGCAAAAUUCAGCUCCCCGCUUGUGAUGUGUGUUGUCAGCACUCAACCAGCUGUUGAUGCGGUACAGAAUCAACAGGGAAACAUUGUAGGAAAUCCAGUCCUCCCCCCUUAAGAGUAAAGAGGUAGUGCCAGUAACGUAGCUUCUCUAGGUGUCAGCGAGUCCACGUUGAUAGAAGCAGCUCCAAAACCUGGUAUAGUUAACUCUUGCUAAAAUCAUGAUUGGAGAUGCCAUUUGUGUCUGAAUUCUUAUUAUAUAAUUGGAAUGAAUUAAAAUAGUGCAUUGCGAUUUUUGCAUCUGCAUUAGAGUAACCUGUAUCUUUCCAGGUGUGACGGUAGGUGCAGCGCAGAUUGGGGCCAUUGUGAAGAAUGCACGUGUGACAGUGUUGAUUUUGGUUUGCUUGGAAGGGUUCUUUUUCCCUCCUCAGUUAUUUUCCGGUUCUUAUUCAAGAAAUCCCUUUGUCAGCUUUGCAACAUUUCUUGUAAAAGCACGAUUAUAUUGAUAGUAAAGUCAAAUAGCACCUCACAAUAAAACACUCUGAUUAUGGAAGCAACAUUAGUGAGCCCUUAAUGCAUAUCACAAUAGAUAAACCAAAUUCCUUUCAGUUUGAGGGUAUAGAUCAUGAACUGUACAAGUAGGAUUCUAAACUGUUGCCUAUAACUACAUGAUGACUCUCGCUUCAGGUAUUUCUGUCCCUUCAAGGACAGCGUUCCAGAUCAGUCUCAUUUGGUGUAAAGACAUCAGCAGUUCUUGCGAACAAAAUGCUGUUAUCUAUGCAUUUUCCUUUGUUUAGAGGUUGUGUCGGGAAGACAAAAAUCUCGUGCAUUUCAAACGCCUUUAUUUUAAUUCUAUUUGAUUUUAAGGAUGGUUUUAAUGUAAAAUGCCAAAGUACUGUGGCAAUGCUAAAGAAUAAGGCCUUUUUCUUCCCGAAAUGCAUUUGUGGUGUUUAAAAUUGAACUUUACAGUAAAGCACAUCAAAUGGUUCGA